AUGUCAAAGGCUCUCACUAUCGAAAUAUUGCCAUCGAAGCAAACCUUGAGCAUCGAAAUGGACCCUGAUACAGAAAUUCAUGAAUUGUUCGAAUAUAUACAGUAACAGAAUGAUAUUAAUUCUGAUAUAAGAAAUUGGACAUGUUAUUCAUACCUAAAACGCGUAUUCUUAAAUCAUAAUAGUCGUAUUGGAAAUGCCGAAAAUGAUAAACUUACCAUCAAUACUUAGCCUACAAGUUAAUCAAUUACUCCAUAGAGUGAUCUUAUCAACACCUCAAAUAAAAUUCCAAAUACUACAAAUUAUUAAUAAAGCACUUCUUAAGGCCAACAAUAAUAAUAACAAUUUGGUUUAUAGAAUCAAACUUCAAAUUAAAAUCCAUAAUAGGUUACCAAUCUAUAAUAUCCUUAGAAUUAAACUUAUCAAAAUAAUAAUUACUCAUAAUAAUAAUAUUCUGGUUUAGUUUAAUCUUAAAUGGUGACUAUUCACUUUUCAAUAAUCGAUGGGAACAUUAAAAGGGAAUUCAAAAGUGGGUUUAAGUCCGAUGAUAGACUUGAAGAUUUAGCUGAUGCUGUUCUUGCCUAUUUAGGAGCAUCAAAAUAAUGGGCAGCUUGCGAUUUAGUGAUAUAUGGUCAAAAUUACAAUACCGGGGCAAAGAGAGAAAAGACACUUCAACAAUUAUCAAUUAAAUCAGAUGCGACUAUAGAAGCCCGAUUAAGAUGGAUUGGGGGUAGUGAAUAUUGA